AUGCCUAUUGAAGUAUUUGGAAUGAAGUGUUUUGAUGAUUACAACUUAAAAAAAUGUCUUCAGUAUAUAGAGAGGCGCAGGGGUCCCGGUCGCUCGCCUUCUGCUCCAGAGCCCGCGAGCUCCGGCCGGGCUUCUUCUCCGCGCACGGUGAGCGGGGUUGGCGUGGCCUGGGCGCGAACGUCGGUGGGUCAGAACAUGUUCUGGGACAUGACUGUAGUCCUGAAACCAACACAGGAGGCGUCUGCUGCAUCGACCCCAGGCAGCUCCUCAUUACCAGAGACUCUGGCCAAGAGUGAGCUACUGGAGACUCAUGGAAACAUGACCUGUCUAGGUGCUGAAACCAAGAACCCACAGUUAUUGGUUCCAAAAACUGAGAUAUGUGAUGAAGCCGAAAAACCUUUCAUAACAUCAGGAAGAAUCCAGAAAGUUGACUCUCCAGGACCUGAGUUAGGAGAAGGCUGUGAAAAAGGGAACAUGUUAAAAAGGCAGAGAAUAAAGAGGGAAAAGAAAGAUUUCAGACAAGUGACAGUGAAGGACUGUCACAUACCUGAAAACUUCAAAGAAGAGGAGGACCAGAAGUGUCACAAAUCUGAGGAGAGAUACAGCCUUGGUUCUGGCUCUGUUAAAAAUCAGAAAAGCCAGCCUGGGCAGAAACCUUUUACAUGUAGCGUGUGUGGGAAAGGUUUUAGUCAGAGCGCAAACCUUGUAGUGCAUCAGCGAAUCCACACUGGAGAGAAACCCUUCGAAUGUCACGAGUGUGGGAAGGCCUUCAUUCAGAGUGCAAACCUUGUUGUGCAUCAGCGAAUCCACACUGGACAGAAACCGUAUGUUUGUUCAAAGUGUGGGAAAGCCUUCACUCAGAGUUCAAAUCUGACUGUACAUCAAAAAAUCCACUCCUUAGAGAAAACGUUUAAGUGCAGUGAAUGCGAGAAAGCUUUCAGUUACAGCUCACAACUUGCCCGGCACCAGAAAGUCCACAUUACAGAAAAAUGCUAUGAAUGUAACGAGUGUGGGAAAACAUUUACUCGGAGCUCAAACCUCAUUGUCCACCAGAGGAUCCACACUGGGGAGAAGCCCUUCGCCUGUAACGACUGUGGCAAAGCCUUCACCCAGAGCGCAAAUCUUAUUGUGCAUCAGCGAAGCCAUACUGGUGAGAAGCCAUACGAGUGCAAAGAGUGUGGAAAAGCCUUUAGUUGUUUUUCACACCUUAUCGUGCACCAGCGAAUCCACACCGCGGAGAAACCUUACGACUGCAGCGAGUGCGGGAAGGCCUUCAGUCAGCUCUCUUGCCUUAUCGUGCACCAGAGGAUUCACAGCGGGGACCUUCCGUAUGUGUGUAACGAGUGCGGGAAGGCCUUCACCUGCAGCUCGUACCUGCUGAUUCAUCAGAGGAUCCAUAAUGGGGAGAAGCCGUACACGUGCAGUGAGUGUGGCAAGGCUUUCCGGCAGAGGUCGAGCCUCACCGUGCACCAGAGAACCCACACCGGGGAGAAGCCCUAUGAGUGUGCCAAGUGCGGCGCGGCUUUCAUCUCCAACUCACACCUUAUGCGCCACCACAGAACCCAUCUUGUUGAGAGCACAUAGAGGAUGAGGGAGACCUCCAGGCGCCAGUCAGAACCUCCCACCCCUGCCCCCCACCCCCCAAGUCAGACACCUCUUGGCUGUUUUCUCCUCCUUGGUGAAAACGAGGCCUGCUCUGUCCUUAAAAGUAACAGUUAUCAGGAGUGCAGCGCAAAACACAAGAGGGGCAUUUCAGAGGCUAAUUUAAAGAAAAUGAAAACGAAGGCCUCAAGGCAAGGAUUUUGUUUUUCACUUGGUGCCCCAAGUGGUCAUGGUGUCUGAAGUGGAAUGUGGCUUUCUUAGAAAUGGAUCAUACAGAGCUCAGUGAUAAAGAUCCCUUUGGGGGAAAGGCAUUUUUCACUUAACUUUGUUUUUGAAAACUCUGGUAAUUUCUUGGGCAACGGGCAGGUUAUUGGUGGAGGUCUGCCUGAUGGAAUUCUGGAGCUUUGAACCUUGUAUUCUAGUAUUUUGGGUUAAGCAGCGACUCGUUAAGGAAACCACUUGGGGUAGCAGUUCACCAACAACUCACCUAUGAACAUUUAUAGGUUUUCCAUUCCCGAGGUAAUUUAAAAAAAAAAAACCACCCUACUAACCAUCUACUGCUCCUAACAUGGAUGGAAGUAGGAAACAUUCGUUUCCCUCAUCGUCUGUACCUCAUGAACGUUGAUGUGGUAUAGCUUUGGGGACCUCUGACGAGAGCCUCUUCUGACCGUUUCCCAGCCUGCAUGGCCAAGCACUUGAGGACUGAUGGAGACAGCCACAGACGCUGCUGGGCUGUGUCCCUUUGCUAAGGUCAACAGCUCUUCCCAUAACUUAACCCCAGUUGCCAUUGCAUUCCGUUUGAGUGAGACGCUGCUAGCAGCCCCCUUCCCAGAUAGAGGCAUCAGAGAAUAAAGCUUCCCUGGAGGCAUGCCCACUUUGUCUCUGCUCUCAUUCUGCUCAGGCCCAGGCGGGGGGCUCAGUUGGGUGUCAUUGUCACUUUCUGGAUGGUCUUUAGAAGAAAUAAUGGAGCCCUUCUAAUUCUCAGAGGAGCCAAGAGGCAAAUGAAAAGAGAGGGAGGAAGCAGAGUGGGAUUCCUAAGGUCUUAAUUUGUUUUUUUUUUAGAAGUUCAAAGGUAUUGGAAUAUGCAAACUUUUAGAAGGAUGAAGAAACUGGCUAAGGUAAGAUAACCUUUGUUACCAUUGAGCCUUUACUCCUGGAAAAACAAUUUCUACAACUAUGCAAUAGGUAGAGUUAUGUAAUAAUAUUGCCUUGUAUUUAUAUAGAACUUGAUUCUUUGUAUACCUUCAUGUGUAGAGUCAUGAUACCUGGCACUUACCUCAUACUUUCAUAUAGAUCAUUACCUUAAUCCUUGUAACACUGAAAGAGGUGUUUGCCCCCUUUACCUGAGAGAGGUCAUUUAACACAAGACCAAGUAACAAGUGACAGCCUGUAUUCAGACCCAGGUCCUAAAUCCAGGUUCCCUCUGUUCUUCUAUGUUUAUCCCAUGUCUCACCACCUGUAACCCCACCCAGAUCUGUGGGAAAGCCUGAGAAAAGGGUAUAUAGUCUCAUUUUUAGGUGAGGAAGCUGAGGUGACAGAUUUGGGGGUUUGCCUUAGGCAGUGUGACCAGCAAGCAGCAAAUCUAAGGCUGGGGUUUGAGUCUCCUGAUUUCUGGGUCUGUCUCCACUCCUGCUCUCAGCAAGCAAGAGUGUUUAUCAUAAAUGCUAUACCUGGUGAAAGCAGUUGGGGGCACCUCUCGUGCAUAAGUCCACGCAUUUAUUGUAUCAUUUCUACAAGACUAAAUAUUAGUUAGCAUAGCAUUUUGUAGUUUACAGAGCACUUUCACGUACAGAAGGCAUACACAAGAAAGCUUAUUAACUUCUUAACUUUUUUCCCCCUUUAACCACAGUCUUUCAUCAAAGCAUGUGGGACAACUUCUCCCAGUUUCACUCUAAAUCAUAUAGACACAAAUACAAAAAGAUCAAUACAGUUCAAAAGUAAGAAUCAAAAAUGCUCAUGCCCUCACAGACCCUGAUAGUGACUCUUUCUGUCCCCUGUCUGGGAGUGGAAAGACCCAAAGAUAACACCACAUGUCUCCACUGAGAUUAGGAACAAGUUAGGUUUUUCCCUCUGCAUGAUCAGGAGGCUUAGAGAGGGCGAGCAGGUCUGAAGAUUUGGGGUAGAUCCGUGACCCUGACCCACCAAGAGGCCAAUAGUGUGCUCUCCUGAAAGGUAUCAGCUGGGAUUUGUGACCAUUAAGAUGGUUAAACUGUUUGAGCCACACGUUGUAUGUUUAUCCUCAUAAUUGAAUACUCAGUCAUGACUGAUGGUGAUCUCCUGGCUAGAGAUUUCUAUUCAUAGGGAGUUCAGAAGAGCUAUCCAGGUGACUGUGAUAUAAAGCCAGGUUUGGGAAUCACUGACCCACCAUUUUACAGCAGUGGUUUUUAACCUUGGCUGCAUGUUAGAAUCAUCUAGGACACGUGAAAAAUUUUCCAUUUUAGGCCUCAGUAUUUUUUAAAGCUUAGGAGGGGGAUGAGCCACUACAGGCAAGUAAAACCUGCAGGCCACAAAUGUGUGUGAUCAAAGGUGGAGGGGAACUCCAAUAUAAGGAUCUGGAUGCGCAUUGUUCUGUUUCAGCAAAACAGGACAGUAACUACAUUGCCUUCUGUGCCUCUGACAACCCUUGGCUGCUGGGACUCUGUGACCUAACUUCCUGUGUUUGUAUUUUAAGUGAAUAUACCAAACAUUUUAUUUAUAUGAGCAAACCAAGUUCUACAUAACAUGCUUUUCUGUUCCUCAUUCAACAAAAUGACUUUUUACACUUUUGCUUAUAUUUCAUCUCCAGGUUUGGGUUUCCACAAAUCCGCACCCAGGUUCAGGACACCCGAUCCUACACAAAUCCUGUGAGCCUAGUAGGUUACUAGACAGAUCAGUUCCUUCCCCAACUCAUAACGACUUUCCCUCCCAAUUAAAUUCCAGCCCUCAAAAUAAAUUACCUCCCACUUUUUUCUACAGGGUUUCUGAUAGGAGAGGAGUGACUACCCUUUGUUGUCAGACUUGGCUUAGGUUUUCCUUUUCCUUGGGGUCAUCUCCCUUCUUUCUGGGCUGGUCUUGCCAGAAGUAGAUGGGAACUCUGAAGCCCCAUUUUUUUUAAGUUGCCAAGAGCUAUCAGUCUUAUGGCUCUCAGACAAAGAGUCAGACCUAGUGAUGAGCAUUAAGGGUAGAGCCAAGAAGUCUGUUUUUACCCUCAAAUGAGACCAACAGAUGUAUGUUACGUGGAGCACAGGGAUGAGUGAAAUCAUGUACAGGUGAUUUGGAGGCUCGGUGGGGAGAGAUUCUUCAUCAGCACACGUACACACACACCCCUCUCAAACACAACUGGCUGUGAAUUCCUCCAGGCUCAGGAAGCUAGUCCUUUCUUUCUCUAUGCUCUAGAUCCCCUACCUCCCCUAGGUGGUCGUCCCUCUCCCACUUCUGUCACUUCUCCCAUUGUGUGCCUAACCUUUCUGGGGUCACAGCCCCUUUGAGAAUCUGAUGGAGGUUGUGGACCCUCUUCAGGAGAAACUCGGAUUGCACUCUCAGUUCUGUGCUUAUUUGUGGAGGCAUAUAAAUUCCCUGAGGCCAAUCCGUGGAGCCUCCAGGGCCUCAAGUCACACCUGGGGAUGCACUACAUAAUCGCCCUCACAUGCUACAAAAUGGUGGCUUUUUUAAAAAAUGAGGUCAGACUACGGAAUCUCUAAGGAUGUUGCCCAGAUACAUAACCUUUUCAAUCUUGCUUCUCCUGGCUUCCCGCCCUCAGCAAAUGGUGGCAUCAUCCAGCACCCAGACUGGAAACCCAGGAGGCAUUUCUGGCUUCCGAUGUAUCAUGCGUUGAUUACAAAAAUAUUUAUUAUGCGCUCUCUUUGUGGCAAACAUGGUGCUAGAUCCUGGGUUGCCAAAGCAAAUAAGGUCUACCAUACCCCCUUUUCAUGUCUCUCAUGGGAAAGAUGUCUGGGUUCCUCAACAUGAUUUACUGAGCUCUUACCAGCCUCAUCGCUUCACUUCACACGCACCUUUACUGCACCCUGGAGGCACGUGCUUGCUCUUUUCGUGCCUUUGCUCACACUGUCCUCGGUGCCUGUGAUACCUCACCACCACACCCCACAGCCCCUGUCUGCUUUGCCUAACAUUUGGUUUCUUUUAAGAUUUGGCUCAGGCCCAUCUCUGGGUAACCUCUGAUUGCCCUGUGGCCAAGAAGUAUAUUUAGAAGUAUCGAAGAGCAUGAUAUUUGUAUCCAGAGUUUUACUUUAUGCUUUAAAGUGAAAAAAGUCUGGAUUCAAAAUUGUGUAUAUAGUACAGUUCUCACAUAAUGUUGUUGUGUACACUAUAUACUAUGAGAAAGUAUAUAGAUAAACAUGAAGGAAAUAUAAGAAAAUGUUAUAAAUGGUUGACUUGUUCAGAGCCAUACAAAUGGUAAAUUGCAGCGCCUGGGCUCAAACCCAGGUCCUAGGGAUAAUGGAAUUAUGGGUGAUUAAAAGUUUUUUUUUUUAAGUAAUUUCCAUAUUUUUUAUAAGGAACAAAAAUUUUAUAAUCAGGAAAAAAUAAAUUAUUUAUUGUAACUACAAAUUUAGUUUUAUUGUAUUAACUGUAAACAGUAUCUCAAUUCUCCAUUUUGUAGAAUGGGGGAUGCACCCUGCUUCUGUCUCCUCCCCUUGUCCACCUCUCUGCCUCUGACAAUGUCAAGUCUGAUAAUUCUUGAAUUCUGUUCUGAAACCAUAGUCUUUUAUGCUUUAUUGAUUUGUCCUGAAAGUUGAAAUAAACAGCAUGAAUGUUA